AGUCACGACUCACAAGUGAUAAGUCAGGGUGCAGCGCUUGGCUUAAUCCGCGCACGCAGCGGGGUUGGUACCACGUGACGCGGCGUUCACGUCAAGAUCUAAAAACAUACAAACAAUAAAUCAAGAAUGCGACUAACUCACGCAUGUGUCAAGAGCCCACCACCACCAUUACCUCUCCGUCGUUGUGCACCUCGUUGAUCGGGGACAGAGGGAUCGAAGAUGGAGAGCAGCGUAGCAGCUGUCCCGCCAAGCGGCAAAGCACCGACCGGAGCAGCGGAGGUGUCACCAUCACUCCUUCCUGUAAUCACGGCGCAAGAGCCGAACGAUCUCACUACACCCCGAUCGCACGCUUACUUGGCUUCAUCAGCAUCAACAGGUUUCGCCACGGUGGCAUCGACUGCGCCCCCACAGCACCCUGCAAUCCCGAGCACGGAAGCUGGUCAAUCCUCACGCUCCUUGCCUCACGGCUAUGCGCACCUGACAGGACCGCGCUUUGGAGCCUUACUCAGGCAGCUCGACUCGGCGCUCGGCACUUUCCCUCAUGACGAAGCCUUUUCGAGCAAGGGAAAAGCCAGGGUCAUUGCUAGCACUGGUGGCAUCUCGAUCGGGGAUGCGGGUUUCGGAGGAUCGAGCGCAAGGCAGCGGGAAGCAAGGUACCUCACAUCAACACCUGGCGCCAUGUCUCGCACUGCACUCAGAGCGCUGCGAGGUCAACCUCUGGCACGUAUACACGAGGACAGGCGACGAAGGAGGAAAGAAGCUCUUGUGCGUGCCAGUACUCAAGGGUCUCCCACCACCCAAGCCAAACUCGUACCUCCUCACGCCGGCGAUGAUAGCUACGCACCCUUCUCCUUGCCCAAGCUUCUGGAAAGACUGGGCGGUCUUUUGCGCUUGCACUCGUUACCUCCCGAUAGAGCUCUUCUGCUGGCAAGAGCCGGAUGGGAGCGCAAUGAUGUCUCGAGUCUAGAGGCCCGAGGUGCUGGCGAACUCGACCGCGUGGUUUCGAAAGUCUGCUGCUCAACGUGCCGGGCUGGGUUGUCUUACGACGCUGCGAGCUCACGAGGAGCUGAAUCAGGCCAGAGCGUGGCAUCAGGCUCGAUGAAGGAGUCUGGCGAUCCUGCAGUUGCGCUUCGGAUGCACCAUUUCGAGUGGUGCCCGUGGAGCAUUCGGUGGUGCCAAGGUGAGUAGCGAUGUGCGCAAGAAGCCGAAAGCACGCUAUUGAUGCUGAUCCCCAACUGCUUCGCCCGAAAUGGCCUGCUCACCUUGGACAGAGAGCUUGU